AUGAGAAAACUGAAAAGCUUGGAGAGUAUCAUCUCUGUAACCAUUGCAUCCCCUCACCAGUAUGAAAAAGGAUAUGCAUUUGCUUCGGUAGACGACUUUCCAGGAUCAGAAGUUGAUCCCCUCUAUGAUUCGUCUUACAUCGAAGAUCUAUAUCUACGGGCAGACCCUGAUUAUACCGGGAAGUGCACUGUUCCUGUACUGUGGGACAAGAUUUUACACACCAUAGUCAACAACGAUGCAUCGGAUAUCAUGCGAAUUUUUAAUUUCGCAUUCAAUGGACUGCUCCCUGAAAAUAAAGCCGCUCUGGACUUUUACCCUGCCCACAUCAGCCCAGAAAUCGACGACUUCAGUGAGUGGGCGGACGGUGUAAUGAUUGAAGGUGCUCACAAGACCGGAUUAGCGACGACGUUCGAGAAAUACCGCUGCGUUGUUGUUCCCCUCUUCGAAGCCUUGGACCGAGUGGAGCGCAUGCUCAAGGAUAAGACAUAUUUGAUUGGUGAUCGUCUGACUGCCGCCGAUAUCAGCCUUUAUACCACACUUAUACGGUUUGACCCAGUAUAUGUGGACCUAUUCAAGUGCAAUCUCAAAACGAUCCGUCACGGAUACCCGAAUAUCCACUUAUGGCUCCGUCGGCUCUACUGGUGCAACGACGCUUUCCAAUCAACAACAGACUUCAAUCAUAUAAAGAUCGGUUAUUAUUCAUCUUGGAUGGAGAUAAAUCCUCACUGUAUCGUGCCCAUCGGUCCUGUCCCGCACAUCGAACCACUGCGUUAA